AUCGAAAAAUGGGUAAAUUCCUGUCGAAAAUCUUUGGCAAAAAGGAGCUCCGGAUAUUAAUGCUCGGACUCGAUGCGGCGGGUAAAACCACAAUUCUGUACAAACUGAAGCUCGGGCAAUCAGUGACCACAAUUCCGACGGUGGGCUUCAAUGUGGAGACUGUCACGUAUAAAAAUAUCAAAUUCAACGUUUGGGACGUCGGCGGACAGGACAAAAUUCGACCCCUCUGGCGACAUUAUUACACAGGAACUCAGGCGCUCAUUUUUGUGAUGGACGCCGCUGAUAGAGACAGAGUCGACGAGGCGCGAAUGGAGCUUCACCGAAUAAUUAAUGAUCGGGAAAUGAAGGAGGCGAUUAUUUUGGUUUUUGCCAAUAAACAGGAUCUUGCCGAUGCGAUGAAACCACACGAAAUUCAGGAUAAAUUGGGAUUGACGAGGAUUCGAGACAGGAAUUGGUACGUCCAACCAUCAUGUGCUUCAACCGGAGACGGCCUACACGAAGGCCUGACGUGGCUAAGCCAGAAUUGCAAGCCGUAAAACACAUUAUCUGAAGAAUUUGGAAUAAAAAAUUCGCGUCUUGCCAAAUAUUAACAGUAUUUUUUUCACUUUUUAUCUGCAAUUUUUUCUGUUUUAAAUUUUU